AUGACGCCGGACAAGGCAGCGAUAGCGGUAAUUGCGAGGGCGACCGUGGCGGAGCACUUUCCGACAACUGCAGCUCCAGCACCGACAGCGCCUCAGGAAAUCCGGAGCCCCGUCUCUCUUCCCGCCGAGCCCAAGCCGACCAUUCUCCCCCUCCCUCACCAGAAGGCUGUGAUGGACACAGACGCACCUGAGGCUCCCGCCACCCAGAGCUCACCACCGGGUCAGUCAGCAGUCACCUUCGCCAUCGGCCGCUCCCUACCACGGUCGCACGUCCCGGUGCGCACAGUCCCGCCGCGCUCCCGCAUCCCACAGCCCAAGCGGAAGGUGGAGCAGAGGCGCCGCGGCCCUGCGCCCACCCUCGCGACGGCCCCCGUGUCCACCCCGGCGGCGUCUGCGAGGGGCGGCCGCUGA